AUGCCCACCUUCUUCCCAGGCGUGCAGAAAGUUACAAGAAGUCGACGUAGCAGCCCGACUCCGACAUACAGAGCGCAGCACUCAGACAAGCCGCCGUCGAGCACUCGAGGAAGAAAGACACCAAGCAGCGCAAAGUCAUUGUCUGAUUAUCGGCGCGACGGCUUGUAUUCUCUACGCGACUCAGACGCCAUACCGACAGCUCCAGAGGACGAGGACCUCUUUGGACACUAUAGCGAGCCAGCAAUGUCACCAAAAGACUCAGGCCUAGACAUGCCCCGACAUGGAAGUAAGCCGGAUCGUCGAGCUGAGCGCCUCCCUCCAGAAUCCGCUACAGGCCCGUCGGCCGACAAACAUCGCUCGCCCACAAGCCUCCCACAAAGCCCCAUUGUCCCGAUCUACGAGUAUUGCUUCCUUCUUCGAAAGCAUGGCGCCACCGUGAGAUUCACAUCGAGUAGCGCAGCCACUGUGCUGGGCCAAUCCACCUUCAGGAAAGCAUCCAUCAGCCCAAUAGAGAAUACCGGCGUCGGCGUCGGCGUCGACAUUUACAACCCAACGGCCCGUGAGAUCAGGUUGCUCGACCACGCUUUGUCCAUGGUACUAUACCAUGGCGGCGAUGUCGACCUUCCCCCCUUGACUGGCGAACAACCCUCCUCCCAUAUGGGCAGGUGCAGCUAUUGCUUCGCCUCGUUCUCUUCACAGCGCGAGAGAGAGGCGCAUUUCAACGGCGGACACAAUCUAUGCUCCCACUGUCAAGAUAAAUUUGACUGCCAAGGCAGGCUGGACGACCAUCUGCGAGAGUUCCACAAGAUUGCCAGUCCCGACAGGUCCAACUUUGACUUUUACGACACUCGCUCCGAAAGUGCCUGGAGGAGUUCGCUCGAUGACAAGCGCGGAAUUUGA